AUGUCAGAGAUUCAGGCACCAAGGCUUCGUGAGCAAGAUCUCGCUGGCAAGGUUGCUGUCGUAACAGGCGCCACAAGAGGCAUUGGACGAGCCAUUGCUCUUCAACUCGCAAGUCGAGGUUGUUCGGUACUGGGCACCUGCUCGGGACCGGACUCUUUAAUCCUGAUCGACUCGCUUGCCCACACCGUAUCUCAUCUUUACUCAGAACACGCAUCACCACCUGAAGUCACUGGAAUAGUUGCAAACAUCAAAGAUGCAGAUUGCGCACAGAAGAUUGUUCAGGCUCUUGAACAAAAGUUCGAUGGCCAUGUCGACAUAUUAGUCAACAAUGCGGCCCAUCCCAUUCGCGCCAAAAUUGGCGAGAUCGAGCCACACAUGGUCUCGGAGGUGAUGGCUGCAAACGUCCAGACACCUAUGAUGAUUGUCAACGAGUUUGUCAAGAGAAAGAUGUUCCGCACCAAUUCCAGAAUCGUCAACAUCGGUUCUGAUUCGGCUCGAGCAUCGAUCCCUGGGUUGCCAGGAAGAUCUCUUUACAUAACGUUCAAAUCAGCACUAGAGGGCCUUUCACGAGCAUGGGCAGACGAACUCGGUGCCAACCCAGAGUUGGACUUCAUGAAGGGUACCACAGCGAACACAGUCGCAGUCGGAUUUACAGAGACAGAUAUGGUCAGCAAGAUGCCCCCUCCAAUGAGGGAAGCAGUGAACAAGAACGUUCUGGCGAAACAAAGUCUGGGUCCUCGAGCAGCUCUUCCUGAAGAUAUCGCCGAUGUUGUAGGUUUCCUUUGUGGUCUAGAUAGUCGAUGGGUUACUGGCUCGGUUGUCUCUGCGGACGGAGGCUUCGUCAAGGUGGUAUAA